AUGCCAAGAAAGGAGAAAGGCAAGAUUAACUGGAGAAGAAGUUUAGUGGGAACCUAUGUCUUUUCCCGUCCUUCACAACAUAUUCAGGUUUGGUGGUUAUGUUUUCUAGGAAGAGAUAGGAUGGCCAUACCUGAUCUGGAAGAAGCUCUGAAAGGCUUAAGUAUUAAUAUUAUAACCAUGGAAAACGAUGAAAAUGUUGAUAUAUCUGGAAUUCGUCCAUUACCGCCGGGAUUCGUGCUUAACAACUGGACUGCUGAAAGACUAUCUGUGGUUUUCAAAUCACUUUCAGAGUCUUUGGAUAUUCAUGAUGUGGACAAUGAUGAUUUUGACCCAGAGGUGGAUUUUGAGCAGUUCAAGUUCUUGAGGAAAUUAAUGAAUGUGACCACGAAGAAGAAUACUCUGAUGGAUAACACGACAAGAAAUGCUUUAUUCUCAUUCAUGGACGGAUUCUCAAGGUACAACCAGAUUAAAAUGCAUCCAGACGACAUGGAGAAAACCACAUUAGUCACAAUAUGGGGAACAUUCUAUUACAAGGUGAUGUCCUUUGGAUUAAAGGAUGAUGGGGUAACGUACCAAAGAGCCAUGAUGACCUUGUUUCACGACAGGAUGCAUAAGGAGAUUGAAGUUUAUGUUGACGACAUGAUUGUCAAAGCACAAAAUGAAGAUGAACAUGUUGAGAACCUGAGGAAACUCUUUUAA